GCCAAACAUCAUUAUAACCCAUUCCAUUUUCAUGAUUUAAACAAAAAACUUUGUAUAUAAAUCAAAGGAAAGAAAGAAAUAAAAAAUCUCCCAACACACCACCUUCAGACAAAAGCGGAAACACACAAAUGUCUCCCUCUCGAAAUAUCCACCCUCCUCCGUCUCCUCUAGGCUCCGCUGAUCCGAACCAAACAACUUGCCUAUACCAAACAGACCACGGCGUGUUCUAUCUAACAUGGUCACGCACUUUCUUAGGCGGCCACUCUCUGAACCUCUUCCUCCACUCUCAAGACUACUACACCCACUCCUCCCCUCUCUCCUCCGCCGAUCUCUCCCUCUCCUCCGCCGCCGCCUCCUUCCACCUCAGCCUAAACGCACUCGCCUUCUGGAGAAAACGCGGAUCCAAACUCAUCUCCCCGAAAAUCCAAGUCCUCUGGGACCUGACCCGCGCCAAAUUCGAAUCCGGAAGAUCCGAACCGAGAUCCGGAUUCUACAUCGCGGUGAUCGUCGACGGAGAGAUGGGACUCUUGGUCGGAGAUUCCGUCGGAGAGGCGUACGCUCGCGCGAAACCGCCAGCGAGUCCGCAGGCUCUGGUGAUGAGGAGAGAGCACGUGUUCGGAGCUGGAGUGUUCUCCACGAAGGCGAGGUUAGGCGGGAAGGACAGAGAGAUCGCGAUCGAUUGCCGCGUGGACGAGGACGCGAGGCUCUGUUUCAGCGUGGAUUCGAAGCAGGUCCUGACGAUCAAGCGGCUGAGGUGGAAGUUCAGGGGGAACGAGAGAGUUGAGAUCGACGGGGUCUCUGUUCAGAUCUCGUGGGAUGUUUAUAGUUGGCUGUUUCAGAGCAAGAGUUUAGGACACGCUGUUUUUAUGUUUAGGUUCGAGAGCGAUCCGGAGGAAGAUCAGAGAAACGGCGUCGUUUUGUGGAAGCCGAAGAAGAAGUGUGGUGGGAGUAGUAGUAGCUUGGGGUUUAAAGGGAUGGUGGAAUGGAGGAAGAUGAGGAGGAGAUUCGUUAAGAGCAAGAGGAGUUCUUCGUCUUCUUCGAUGUCGAUGUCUUCCGCUUCGUCGGCUUGUAGCUCGUCGGUUUUGGAGUGGGCUAGUAGCGCGGAUGAGUCGGAGUACGGUGGAGGAGGAUCUUCCGGUUUAGGCUCCGGCAAUGGUCUUGGAUUCUCCUUGCUGGUUUACGCGUGGAUUAAGUGAGUUUUGGGGGGGAAACGACUAAAAAGGAAAUAUACUGUUGCAGUCAAACAAUUGUUUUAAGAAAGUUUUUUUGGCGUUUUAUUACCACCUCUUAAAUCACGGACAAGAAGAGAAAGUGUUGUAAGUAAUUUUUUUUAUAAAUUCAAUUUUCGUAUCUGUAUCUUUUUCGUAUAUAUCUCAUGAGUAUAAUUUAAUUAAAGAAUUUCGAGUAAAUUUUGUAGAAGAAAAGGGUUGAUAUUUAGUGUUUUCUCAACAGAAAAAAGAGGUUGACAUUUGAUGGCAGUGUCUUUAUUGUAUUAGUUGUUACAUAUUGACUCCAGUGGGUCUGGAUGAUAAUCAGAUUAUAGCUUUGGAUU